ACCCCCUACUUUUAGGAGUGGGCGAGAAAGCAGGGCGGUCUGCUGCUGGUUUUCCUCUUCUGGACUCCCGUUCUCUUUCCCUUGAAACCCUUUAGCGCGGAACCACUCUAUCGCUUUACACCGGGGGGGGGGCGCUGGGAUGAUCUACCGCCACCUGACUCGCUUUCUCUUACUCGCCCCCUCUUUUUUUUUUUUGGAUGCCUGAAGCGCGAGAGGCCACUGAGGAAGACAGGAUGUUGAAGUGCAUCUGGCCAAAACACUAAAGGUUUCACUGAGUUGGUCUGGGCUGAGAUGCCAGAUAAAACACCAGAGGGUAAAGAAACCUUAUCCAGGAGUGGAGAUGUGCUGAGAAGAGGAUUCAGGGAAGAGUUUCACUUCUACUAUGGCUACCAUUUGCCUCUUGACGUGCUGCCUCCUGUGAUGGUGGGCACGACCUCCAAGACAACAGAGGAGAGCCUGCACAGAGAAGAUGGACACUUCCACUACUGUGGAAUCAAGACCAUGGAACUGUCAGACAGUGACCGUCCUGUUAGCUUCAGCUCCACAUCAUCCUCUGCAUCCUCCAGGGAUAGUCACUGUUCCUUUGGCAGCAGAACAACGCUAGUGUCAAACAAUCAUCUGGGCUUAUUCAACCAGGAUAAGGAAGCAGGGGCCAUACAACUAGAGCUGAGUCCUGCCCAACGAUUUUCCAGCAAGGAGCCAAGAAAAAAUAAUCCUAUAAAGGAACACGUCUCUGACGGAAGUCUUGGAAGAAGGCCAACUAUGCCACGGAAAGCUGAAUCAAAGGAAAAUAGCAAAAACUGUGUCAUGUCCUUGAUUGCCGAGCCUACAAGCCCAAAGCUCCUGUAUGUUGACAGAGUGGUCCAAGAAAUCCUAGAGACAGAGAGGACGUAUGUGCAGGAUUUAAAAAGCAUUGUGAAGGAUUAUCUUGAUUGUAUCACUGACCAAUCCAAGCUGUCUUUGGGGAUAGAGGAACGAUCAGCUUUGUUUGGAAACAUAAAAGAUAUCUACCAUUUCAAUAGGCUCCAAGGCUGCUUUUCAUUUAAAAGAAAACCAACAACAAUCCAAACAGUUGGGGGAAAGAAAAUACAGCUGUAUACUGUGUCUAGUUUGGACAGGAUUUUGCAAUCCUAUGCAUGCCUAGUGGUGAGAGCCCCUCUGAUCUCAAUGGGCUUUCUAAUUCAAAUAUGCAGAAUCAGUGAACUUCUGCAAGAUUUAGAAAACUGUGAAAAUGACCCUGUAGCUAUAGCAGAAUGCUUUGUUUCUAAGAGUGAAGAGUUCCACAUAUAUACACAGUAUUGCACCAAUUAUCCAAGGUCAGUGGCUGUACUCACUGAAUGUAUGAGGAACAAGUCCCUGGCCAAGUUUUUCAGAGAGAGACAAGAAGCUUUGCAACAUUCUCUACCAUUAGGAUCUUAUCUCUUAAAACCUGUCCAGCGAAUACUCAAGUAUCACCUCCUUUUGCACGAGAUAGAAAAUCACCUUGACAAGGACACUGAAGGUUAUGAUGUGGUUUUAGAUGCUAUAGAUACGAUGCAGAGAGUGGCAUGGCAUAUUAAUGACAUGAAGAGAAAACAUGAACAUGCUGUCAGGCUGCAGGAGAUACAAAGCUUACUCACUAACUGGAAGGGACCAGACCUUGCUAGUUAUGGCGAGUUGGUUUUAGAAGGAACAUUCCGCAUCCAGAGAGCCAAAAAUGAGCGCACUUUGUUCCUCUUUGACAAGCUGUUGCUCAUUACUAAGAAGAGGGAAGAGACUUUCACCUACAAAGCUCAUAUCUUGUGUGGCAAUCUCAUGCUGGUGGAAGUAAUACCAAAGGAACCUCUUAGCUUUAGUGUCUUCCACUACAAAAAUCCCAAGAUGCAACAUACUGUUCAGGCUAAAUCACAGCAAGAGAAGCGCCUUUGGAUUCUUCACUUGAAGAGAUUAAUUCUAGAAAACCACCCUGCCAAAAUCCCAGCUAAGGCCAAGCAAGCAAUUCUAGAAAUGGAUGCUAUCUAUCACCCAGGAUUUCAUUAUAGCCCAGAAGGAGAAAUGAAAGCAACAUGUAAUUCUAAAGAAGGAAUCGGCCCACAGAGGGUGAGAAGGAAGUCAGAACCUUCUUCCAGAGCCCAUAAAAUUAUAAAGCCAAGUGAAAUGGAUCCAGAUAUGCAAAAGCGGAUCAGUAUUGAAGGAGUCUUGCUGUCUCAGGCUGAAGCCCUCCUCAGUCCCAGGAAAAAGCUUUCACUGAAUCGCAAAGGGCUAGACUCCAAUGAAGUGGCCUGUAGUAGUGACCGAGAGGAUAAUGCCCUUGCAGGUGCUACAGACCAGACUGAUGCUGAUGAUGAAGAAGAGACUGAACAGAGCGCACAACACAAUUCACAACAGAAAUCAAAAGGAGGCCACAAAAGACUAAACGGUCAAAUUGCUGAAAAUUUUGAGAAACGAAGAAGUGUUAAUCUCAGUAAUUAUGAAAUGCAGAACUCCAACGAGCCUGCAAAUGAAGCAUCUUUCCAGGUGAACCCAAAGCUUUCAUUUUCCUGCAGUGGAGGUAGUCGGCCAUCUCGACAGUUCACACCACAAAACAACUCAUUCAUAGUGAAUAUUUUGGGGAGAACAGAUGCAGUGAGAAACAUCUGGACAGAUCAUCAGAUCCGGCAAGCCUUGUUCCCAAGCAGACGCCCUCCACAAGAGAACACAGAGGAUGAAGAUGAUUAUCAAAUGUUUGUACCAUCAGAGUCUACAUCCAAUUUAGCUUCCAUUGCAUGUGAAGAGAGGGUCCCUUCAGGCCGCCCUUGUAGCUGGCAUGUAGGGCUAGCUCAUCAGAGUGACAUUUCUAUCUCUAAUUCUCACAGAAUUGUGAGGCGGGCCAGCAGUGCUGGGGAAAAUAAAACUCCAUCUAGUUCAAGAUACAAACAAAAUGACCUUGGUCAAAAUGCUACUUGGAAUGAAAUUAAAAGUUCUAGGAGUGACAUGGACAAUCUGCAGGUGUACCUAGAAUCUUCAGAAGAACUAACUAUUGAUGACAUAGAUCAUGUCUAUGACAAUAUAAGUUUUGAAGAUUUGAAACUAAUGGGUCUGGCUCAGAGGGAGGAGUCUGACCGUGCUCCACAAGGGUCAGCUAGAGAUUCACUAUAUGAGACACAAGACAUUAUUUUCAAUAAAAGACAAGCACCUCAAAGUAGGACCUCUAUUCCUACCAGCAGAAAUGAAACCACUCCCAGAAGAUAUACUCCACUGGUAAGCUCUCAUGAUCUAAGGAUCAGUGAGGAGAAUGUCUAUGAUACCAUAGUCCUCCCAGAGCAGUCACUGCCAAAUUCCAAAUGUGACCACCUUAAGUGUUCUAAAAAGAGGGGUUUUCUGGGUCUGGAAACAGAUUUUGCAUGCUGUGACAACCUCCGACAAUUUGUUUCUGAAGAAAGCCUCCAAUUCAGUGAAGAUGAAAAUCCAUAUAAUUAUGUCCCAUUAGAUCAUGACUGUUUGAACUUGGUGGAUAGCUCCUCAAACUCUGACUCACACUCUCACAAAUCUGCUGCAGAUAAGUUAUCUGAGGAAGUAGAUGAAAUCUGGAAUGACCUGGAGAAUUAUAUCAAGAAGAAUGAGGAAAGGACACGAGACCAUGUCCUUGCAGCUUUUCCUGUCUGCAAAGAUGAAACAGAGAACAACAUGCCUGCUGGAACAACUUGUGAAUUAAAUAAAGAUGUGGAAUGUUCACUGUCCACUCUCUCACUGCCAGAAACACCUGUUUUCCCCAAAACUUUGCCCAACAAGGUAGCCAGAUUAAGUGAAGCCAACCUUAGAUUUGAAGAGAAAGCAACAUUUAAGGCAAGAUCCUUGAUGAGUCUCAACAGAUCUUCUCUCUCCAGUGAGAGAGCUUUUGUAGAUAGCCUUCAUGAAACUGCCAGUAAUAUUCUGUGCAGUGCUAAUGUAGAGAGUGCCGACAAUGAAAUGGAUGCUGUGGACAAAACAAAGAACCGGGUCUUCAUGAUGGCAAGACAGUACAGCCAAAAAAUUAGAAAGGCAAAUCAGCUUUUGAAAGUAAAAAGCCCAGAGCAGGAGCAACUUCUAAACCGGCAACAUAAAUCGAGGCACAAAGACUUAGCAGCCAUUUUGGAAGAGAAGAAACAAGGUGGUCCUGCCAUUGGUGCCAGAAUUGCUGAAUAUUCCCAGCUCUAUGAUCAGAUUGUUUUUCGGGAAACCUCUCCCAAAAAGAUCAGUUCUCAAGACCCAUCAAAUGUAAGAUAUUCCUCACCAGUGUCAACAUCUCAGUUAGCUGCCGAAUGCUUAAGAGCAGAAGACUGGCUUUUGCAUUCAACUUACAGUAAUGGAGAACUCUCUGAUUUCUCUCCUUGGCCAGAAGUCCCGCACCUGAAGUCCAAAAGCUCCCCUUCAGAAAUGAGUGCAAAACAGAGCAUGAGACAGUUGCCGGCAGCCUGCUCAGUGCCUUCCCUUCAGAUUCCUCUUUGUCCACACAUUCCUGCACAAAGGUGGAGUGCUAUCAUAAGUCAGCCUAACAAAGAGAACUUGCACCACAGUCAGGUUUUUAACUCUUUAGGGAGACAGGAAAGCAAUGCAAAGCCACAGAUGUACAGCAGGUCACAGUCGUCUUCCUCUGUAGUAGUCAACAAAUCUGGAGAUUCAAUAAAUCAUCCACUUGAAAUGGACAAGAAGCAGCUGGGUUCAGACAGGAACUUUCUCUCUGCCCACUAUCAAGAAUCGGUGCUAAGUGCCACUCCAGGACUUGCAGCAUGUGAUGGGACAAAGCAGAUCCUAGAGAAUUGCUCAGAAAUGAUUCUGCAAGAUUCUCAAAAAAUUCUGAGAGUUAAUAGAAACUUGCUCUCAAAUGCACAAAUAGCUACCCAGAACUAUUUUUCUAACUUCAAAGACACUGAUGGUGGAGAGGGAGAUGAUGAUGACUAUGUUGAAAUAAAAUCUGAAGAUGAGGGGUCUGAUUUGGAGAGUUUCUACAACCAACCAAAGCUUUCAAAUCCAAAGAUAAAUGCACAUUCUGAUCAUUCAGAACCUCAUGGUGGCAAAAAUAUGUCCCUGGCUCCUGUCAAGCCAUCAGACUCUUUCCUGACCACAAGUAGUGAUUCAGAGAAAUUGAAUGACUACCUAUGGAGAGUACCAUCUCCUAAUCAGCAGAACAUUGUCCAGUCCUUAAGGGAAAAAUUUCAGUGUCUUAGCUCAAGCAGCUUUGCUUGAAAUUUUACAAAAUUUCCUAACAUUCUGCCUUAAUGCUGACAAGGUUAUGGUAGACAGCCAGUACCAGUAGUGCACAUUGUAAUGUGUAUAUUUUAACUAUCAUCUAGUGAGAAAUUUAAAGUGACUAGUUUUGCACUGUCAUGUAAUCUACUGGCUUUACAUUACAGGCAGAUUUCUGGCUAGAUUUUCCUUGCAUUCAUGUUUAUCAUUUUCCCCUGUGCUGAAAUCAUAGCAAUGCAUGUAUGAGUGCCAGUCAUGUAGGCAGGGAUUCUGAUUUUUUAAAAAGAAAUCUCAGAAUGGCAUUAAUACUGAAAAGCAGGGGGGAAGUAUGGCAUAUACUGCAGAAUGUGCAGUGAAUCCUCCACAUCAGUUGUAUACAUAAUACUCUCAGGUUUACUUGCUUAAAGGACUGUUACUUAAAUUUUCAUCAAGUGAGGUAUGAAAUACUGUGACUGGAUUGAAGCUUAUUGAUGAAUUGUUAUUUGACCAGAAGCGUUAUGAUUUCCUUCUUAUAUUUUUGCAGCCCACUUUUCCAAGUAGCUUUGAUAAGUAAAAUGUCCACUUGUGGUACAGACCAAAAUGGAAACUGUGGGAUCAAGCAGGAAAGCCUUUUGAAAAGCACCUUUCUCAAAUUUAAUCCUGCAGGGUAGCUAGAACUGUUUUGGAAAUGACUUUCAGGCAUCAGUAAUUGUAACCUAUACAUUACUGAACACCAGCUAAGAAUAAUUCAGGCCCAUUUUAGUUUUUCCCCGUUAGUUAAAGAUGGUAUCCUUUUAUUUCAAUAUGCUACAUUCCAUCUUUUUUUUUUUUUUUGCGAGUACAUGAACAUAUGCAGUAAGUAGCCCUAAUCAGGCAUUUGGUACCCUGGGAUAAAAAACAUACAAAGGAGCAUCAAAUUAGCAGAGGCUACUCCACCAGCUAAACACCAGCACAUGCUGGCUAUGCCUCCCAACUGAAUGGCAUCAUUUUGAAGAGAGAGGUCCAUAUAUAUCCACAUAUGGCUCGCUCCACAGAGAUGGAAAUCCUGAUUGAUAUACAUUCCUCUGGAGGGGGUUGUAUGCGUGUACAUCUGUGCUCACAUGGUUCCCCCUUCAGACUGAUCCUGAUCAUGCAUCAGCUGGGGAAUGUAAAAGGCACAUAGGUGUCUGUCAGGGGGCAGGCUGGCUUGUACAUUCUCAAUAGCCCCUCCCUGGAUUUAAUGUGCAUGGGUUCCAAAUGCCUGAAUAGAGCUAAUUCUUAUCUCCUAUGCCGCUGUAUAUUUUUUUUUCCCUCUGCAUAGCUUUGGCCUGGCAGCAAUUGUGUUUUUACUUGAAAAAAUGAUGUGCGAACAUACAAUGUGUAGGCAGUUUUCAGAUGAAGGACAUUUAACAGUGAUAUGAUUAAAAGUGAAAUGUGUGUUGCCAAGCAGGGGGUUAUUUCUUUUCCACUUACUGUACUCCACUUUGCUCUAGCACAAAGCACAGUAGCCCUCAUAAAUUGUAAAUGUCAACAGUUGCUUUUAUAGGUGUGUUUGACAAAAAUCCUUGAAGUACGUAUUUUGUUCUACUGAACAUAGACAUUGAAGGCUUUGUGGUUUCUGAGUUUCUCUGAACUUUACAGAACAAAUGCUUUUUUAUUUUUGAAAAACUGCUUCAAAAGUGUUGGGCUUUUCUUUGUUUUACCAUUAACUCAAAGGUGCAUAUGCAGAAGGCUGUCCUGGUUUCAGUAGAAGAGCUGACUUUAAUUCAGCCUGUGUGUAGUAAAAUAUAUGAUGAUGAUUGUAAGCAUAUAUAUUAAAUUAGCAAAUAUCAAUUUUUAUUUAAUAAAAAUGUAAAAUAAUGUAAAUAGUAAUAGAAAUUAAUCUGUGCAUUAACAAUAGGCACAUUUACAUUUUUUGUACUGAUAGAGGAAUUUUGUUAAUCUGCUAAAAUAAUGAGAUCUAUAAUCAAUGGAACACGUAGCUUUGUAAUGAACAAACAUCAAUAUGUUUUCGGGUACUUCUAGCUUUGCUGGCAGAAAAGCAAGCAGAUGAAUUCAUAUGUAGCCAAGCCCUGGAAAGUGUUUCUGUAUAAAAGCAAAGGGAAAUGUGGUUUUCAACUAUGGAUGAGAAAAUUAGGUAUUGAGAGACAAAGAAACCUUGCAUCUUUAUGCUUUGUUAAGGAGUUUGUUAUCUAACAUCAUCUAGUACAAUUUCCAAAAAAACCCACCAGUAAUAGAGGAAACUACACCCAACUAAAAAAAGAACAAAUCUAGAAUUUAUAAAAUAUAGUUCCUUGCCCAAAACUAUGUAGCCAAAAAUAGCAAAAGAAUGCCAUUGCUAAUGUAGUUUGAAUGUUACAUAUGUACUUGGUUAAUGAACACUAAUGUAUAUUUCCUCAUAUUGUAAUCUAAAAGGUUAAAAUUAUUUCAGUGCAGCCUUCUCAAAUGAGCAAAUAUAUAUAAUUUAGAUGUGAAUUUUCUGCAGUCUCAGGACAAUACAAAUGUGAAUGGAAUCAAAAGCAGCUGUUUCUUGGUACACAAAAGGUGAGUUCACUUGAGGGUGUUCUUUAAGACCAUUACUCAUAUUGUAGGUUAAUAGACCCAUUUUACCAUCUGAACUGUCCUGAGUACAUUACUUCAUUAAUGGCAGUGGGUAGCACAAAAGUGAGGGCACAGCAGGGAAAAUAGCAGCUAUUGCGAAAAGAGGAAAAAUAGGGCCAGAGAAUAAGGUUGUAGUAGAGGAGUCAAUACCACGUACUGCAAACUGGAUAGGUCUUAGCGCACUUACCAUUAUCACAUCUUUAUUAAAAGUGAUUUUUUCCUUUUCUUUUGAAGACUUGUACCUCUCUUUUGUAACUCUUUGUAAACAGCAUGUGAAAAGGAAGUUUAUAAUUUUUAACCAUGUAACAUUGCUUGUAAAAUAUGCUGAUUUUAAUGCAUUUCUGUUGUAUUUGUUGGUAGUAUCAGCAGUAUACUACUGGACAGCAUUCAAAAUGAAGUCAUUCUGGAUGGAUUCACAUUGCUUUCUAAUUUCUGCAUUUCAUUUAUUAGCAUUUUAUUCUACUGGUUAGGAACAGUACAUUGCACUUUUUCACAUAAGGAAUUUUUUUAAGGAAUAUGUAAAAAUGUAUGUACAUGUAGAAGAUUCUUAAGUAAAACUUUUUCUCAUUUUGUUAUGCUUAAGAGCUGAGUUUCAAGCAUGCCAAACCUGAAAAUAUAUAAGUAAGAGCUGCCUAGGGGAAAAAUAAAACACUAUUU